GCAAGCAGGAGGAAUUACUCCAGGAGAAACGACGGACAUACUAUUGUAAAGAUGGAGAUUAAGGAAGAACCCUGCAGAAUAAAAGAUGAAGAUACAGAGGAACAAAUAGACCCGAUGGAAGUGAAUGAAGACAAACAGCAUUUCACAAAUAAAGAUGAAAACAUAACUCCACAGACUGAAAAGAAUUUCACACAGAAGCAAACUGGAGUCAAUGGAUCUUUCACCUGCUCUGAGUGUGGAAAGAGUUUCAUACGUAAAGGAAACCUAAAUCAGCACAUGAGAAUUCACACUGGAGAAAGACCGUUCACAUGCUCUCAGUGUGGAAAGAGUUUCACAACAAAAAGAGUUCUGAACGAUCAUCUUCUCUCUCACUCUGGAGUGAGAUCAUUCAGCUGUGAUCAGUGUGAUAAAACAUUUGUUUUUGGAUCAGGCUUAAGAACACACAUUAAAACUCAUGCUGAUGUGAAGCCUCACUUUUGCUCUUUUUGUGGAAAGAGUUUUUCACUAUUGCAAAGUUUAAAAGAUCAUGAGAGUAUUCAUACUGGUGUGAGACCUCAUGUGUGCUCUGACUGUGGGAAGACCUUUAUUACAUCGAGUGACUUAAAAAAACACCAGAGAGUUCAUACUGGAGAGAAACCGUACAAGUGUUCACACUGUGGAAAGAGUUUUGCUCUGUCAGGAAACCUGAAAACACAUGAGCGAGUUCAUACUGGAGAGAAACCUUAUGAGUGUUCACACUGUGGAAAGAGUUUCGCUUAUUUAUCAUCCUGUGCAGAUCAUGAGAGAGUUCAUACUGGAGAGAAACCGUACAAGUGCUCUUUAUGUGGAAAGAGUUUCACCCAACUAUCUAAUCUAAAGACUCAUGAGAGCAAGCAUUAAGAUGAAGAUCUCUAAAUGAUCAUUUUCAACAAGCACAAAUAGACGUGAAUUAUUGUAUUACUUUCAUUCUCCCUCUUCUUUUGAAGCAGAUUCUGUGUCGCAUCAUCAGGAUAAAUCAGUGUUUCUGUAUAAAGUGAGCAUUUACAAUCCCACUCUAGAUGGCAGCAUUUGUUGUCAUUCUCAGUCAUUUCAAGGUUUCGUGGAUGAAGAAUCGGCUCUAAAUCUACGUUUGCCAACUUCUGGACAAGGAAAUAAGGGACACUCAAAAUAUUUG